AUGUUUGUAAGUAGUAAUGAUCCGUGUGCAAAACGCAAAUUGCUAACCCAGGCCGAGAUUCAGCCGCUGGUUGCGCAGCUCAAGAACAUAGUAGAGGAACAGCCUGUCGAGGCAGGUAAGAAAAAUCUUUAUCCCAUCUACAAGUAUGUCCAUCACAACGAUUUGACAGUUCAUCAAGCGUAUUUGAAGCUUGCAAACCUAAAUGACGAAAACAGAGGACCCUCGUUUUUGCUCGAGUCAGCCUUAAAUGGUGAUACCGUGGAUAGGUAUUCGUUUAUUGGAAUCAAGCCGAAAAAAGUCAUCAAGACAGGUGACGAUUCCAGUCGGUUUGAACCUGAAUUUACCAAUAUAGACCCCAUUACUGUGCUCGAAGAAGAAUUGAAACAGUACAACCAAGUUCAAUUGCCUGGGCUUCCCAAGUUGAGCGGAGGAGCGGUUGGAUACAUUUCCUACGAUUGUAUAAAGUACUUUGAGCCUAAGACAAGACGGGAUUUAAAGGAUGUGUUACAAGUUCCCGAAGCCGUUCUUAUGAUGUGUGACUUGAUAGUGGCGUUUGACCACGUUUACCAGAGGUUUCAGAUCAUAUGCAAUGUUGAAAUUGCCGAUACGUCCAAGUUGCAACAAAAAUUCGAUCAAGCUCGAGAUGAGAUUGAAGCCGUUGAAAAAGUGUUGUCGUCCACUAUCAGUGACUUCAACCCAAAACAACCACCUAUCAAGCAAAACCAAACGUUUGCAUCCAACAUUGGCCAGGAAGGUUACGAGCAGCAUGUAUCGAGCUUGAAACAGCAUAUUUUGAAAGGUGACAUCAUCCAAGCGGUUCCGUCUCAACGAGUGGCUCGGCCUACUUCCUUACAUCCUUUCAACAUAUAUAGACACUUGAGAACGGUCAAUCCCUCGCCAUACCUAUUCUACAUUGAUUUAGUGGAAUUCCAAAUCGUGGGUGCUUCACCAGAACUCUUGGUGAAAGCCGAUGACAAGAGUAAGGUGGUAACCCAUCCCAUUGCCGGCACGAUUCAACGAGGCAAAACCAACGAGGAAGACGAAACCAACGCCGAGAUCUUGAGAAACAGCGCCAAAGAUCGUGCCGAACAUAUCAUGUUGGUCGACCUUGCACGGAAUGAUAUCAAUCGAGUAUGUACACCUGAGAGUAAUUCUGUGGACCGACUUUUGACCAUUGAGCGUUUCUCUCAUGUUAUGCAUUUGGUAUCAGAAGUCAGCGGGACGUUGAGACUGGACAAAACUCGUUUUGAUGCUUUUAGGUCGGUGUUUCCUGCUGGUACUGUGAGUGGAGCACCCAAGGUCAAGGCGAUGGAAUUGAUAGGAGAAUUGGAAAAGGAAAAGAGAGGAGUUUAUGCCGGAGCCGUGGGUCACUGGGGUUACGACGGAAAGACCAUGGAUACAUGUAUAGCGUUGCGGACGAUGGUUUACAAGCAAGGUGUGGCUUAUCUUCAAGCUGGAGGAGGAAUUGUAUUUGACAGUGAUGAGUACGAUGAGUAUGUGGAAACGAUGAACAAGAUGCGGGCGAACAACAAUACCAUAGUGGAAGCCGAGGCCAUCUGGGGGGAGCGUGUGGGGUUUAGUAAUUAG